AUGGCAGACAAGCACGAGAUGUCGAAGGAGGAUGCUGCACGCAUACAAGGAGGUGCCGCCAAGGCCGGAGGCGGAGGCGUCGAGAAGGGCAGCUUUCCAGCGAGGGCACAGGCCGCUGCUGACAAGCACGAGGCCACUGCUGGAAAAGGCGGCGGUGGCGGCCAGAAGGGCGGUGGCCAGCAUGGCGCUAAGAAAUGA